GGCGGUUUUGGGUGUAAGAAGAAAAGAAGAAAAAAAAGGCAAGAAGAGCUGAGCAUUGAAAAAGAACCAGCUAGCUCUGCAUAGAUUCUACCCACCCAUGUCACAUAUCGCUGAUUGAAGUUGCAUCGCGUCACCAUGUUGUCUUCAGAACAAGUUGCUUUUUUCAAGGCGAAUGGAUAUCUCGUCGUUCGAGAUAUCCUGAGCGAUGCCGAGACUGAAGAUUUACAAAGAUGGGCUCAAGAGGUUCAUGACUGGACUCCAACUGCCGAGUCUCAGUUUAUGCCAUACGAGGAAAUAAAUUCUCGCGGUGAGACAGUUCUUUGCCGAACAGAAAAUUAUGCCGAUUACCAUGGAGGCUUCAACGGGCUCCUGCGAGGCAAAAAGCUCUUGGGAUUAUUGGAAGAACUUUCAGGGGAGCCGAUGAAUCUUUUCAAAGAGAAGAUUAAUUAUAAACUCGCCGGAAGCGGUGGAUUUGCGCCUCAUAUCGAUGCUGUGGCCUAUAAUCACAUUAAAGAUGUUAAGCAUUUAACCAUCUUACUUGCCGUGGAUAAAUCUAAUUUCAACAAUGGGGGGCUGGAAGUUGUUGAUGCUAGCCAUAAUAUGGAUAUUCCUCUAAAUGUUGACGAUCACUGCAUCGCCGCCGAGUGGGUGAACGCUCAUGAAUGGAAGCCUGUUGAGCUGGAGCCUGGCCAGCUGCUCAUCUUCACCUCAUACUUGGCGCAUCGUAGUGGGCCGAAUCACAGCGACGAGAAUCGCAAAGCACUCUAUGCUACUUACAAUCUCGCUAGUGAGGGCGACUUACACCAGGAAUACUACGAGCGCCGAAUGAAAGAGUGGCCUGCGACUCACAUGCGUAAAAUGGGAGAGCUGUAUGAAGAUGGAGCUUUGAGAUAUGCCUUUGGUUCGCCCAUGCUGAGCUUUUAUUUUCCCAAAAUGACUCUCCCUACAUUCCUCGAGCCAGCGACAGUAACUUCCUACAUAAUAUCCAUUCUCGAGGCCUCGGAUCAUACUCCUUAUAUCGGCGAGCCUAUCUCUCAGCUUCAACAUUCCUUGCAAUGCGCCUCUCUGGCUACCGAAGCAUCGCCGCCUGUAGAUGAGGCUACGCAAGUGGCAGCACUGCUUCACGAUAUUGGUCAAUUUGCUCCAGCAGAAGAUCUUUUAGCUUUAGCAAGGCUCCCUAUCCAGAAUCUAGGAGAUGCCCCAACCACACAAAGUGUUGGCCGUGUCGGCCAUGAAACUCUAGGAGCUCGCCUCCUUCUCUCGUUGGGCUUCUCCGACAAAGUCUCCCGUCUGGUGGAAUCCCACGUGGCAGCUAAACGGUACCUGUGCGCUGUAGACGAAUCUUACAACGAUGUCCUCUCAGAAGCCAGCAAAAGAAGCCUAUUCUACCAAGGAGGUCCUAUGUCUGCCGAGGAGGUGAAGGAAUUUAGCUCUGGGCCCUGGUGCCAGGAGAUGUGCCAGCUGAGGAGAUGGGAUGAUGAAGCAAAGGUUGAAGGUCUCACUGUGAGGAGCCUAGAGAGCUGGAGAGAAGUCAUUCAGAGGCAGAUAGAGCGAAAAUGA